ACAGGCAAGACUUCCAAAGGGUCUGUGAUAAAAUCUGUCGAUAAAAAAGAGCCGACUGGGACUUCGUGCAACCAGGAGUCGCCUUCGAAAAGAGUCCAUUUUGCUUCAGAUCCUCAUAUUGAGGAACUCGAGACCGAGGCUGAGGACCCAGAGAUGGACACAGAUAAAGAGCCAGGAAGUACCAGCAUUGCUCGGGUCCCUUCAUUUUAUAUCGGAAAGCCGUUAAAAGAUUAUGAUGCUACUAAUGGAAGGGUGAGUUGUUUUCAUUAUAAGUGAUGGCACGUGUAGACUUAAAGAUACACUAAUGUCCUAUUUGCAUAGAGACGUGCUCCAUAACUUGAUUCGUAUCAGAUGAUAUCUGUAUAAGAUUAAAGCGGCUGAUCGUUAAAAUGAAGCUUAUCCAUCCAAAGCUACUUAGGAACGUAUCAACACCAAGAUAGAUUGGUUAUUAUAAUUGGAUUCGUAUAAUGACGAGUUCUUUGCCCUGAAAUCGAAAUAUUUUGCCACAUACGAUCCAUAUCUAGAAAAAUAUCAUACCGAAACGGUGUUUCUCCCUUCCUGCGAAAUUCUAUUGUUUAAGGAGAAAAUAAUAAAUAAUUUUCAGACCUUUUGACCUCUGUUGGAAACUCAGUUUCCGAUGAAAUCGAAUGUGGGGUAGAAGUUGUUCGAAUUUUUAGAUAGAAAAAAUUUCUCAAUGAUUUGGCAAUCAAAAAUGUUUUUAAACUAAUUACUCCACCUGUUCCUUCUCUGAGAAUAUUGGGCAUCAGUCCAUUGGAGCCUAGAUGGCGCCUUCGACGCCAAUUAGUGUACUUAGCGUAAACAGCUAAGUGCUUUUAAAAAUGCAGAGCAUGACUUUAAAUCUCCUGACAUUGUGAUACCUGAAGUAAUCUUGUACCUAUUGUUUUGUUUCUGUUUUUCUCGGCAGAUCCCCAGUAAUCAUACUUUUCUUGUAAUUCGUCGUCGGGGAGCCUCACGAGCUGAUCACGUGUACAGAUUUAACAAGGCAAAGGCGUUGGGUCUACUAGAACCUGUCAGUCCCGUCAGGCAGCUGGCAAUUAGUGUCGUUACCAAUAGGUAUCCUUUCAAUAGCAAAAUAUAGGUGUUUUCUUUCGGGGAAGUGGUACAGAUGUUAUUGAUUCAUUGGAUGACGAACUGAAAAGAACCAACUAUCGGUAGUUUUUUCUUUCGCUCUUCACUAUCGACAAUUGGUGUUAGAUUAAAUUUAAGUUUGAUCGUUGUUCUUUUCGUUGCCCAAAAUGAUGCUACAACACAAGUAUAAGUGUAGUCAUCUUUUAAAAAAAAUCAUAGGUACAAACGAAGGUUUUUCAACCCGGGUGACGUCGUAUCUUUGGGAAGAUAGUACUAUUUAAGGGUUUGGUAUGUACUUACCCAAGAGAAAGUUGUCAUUCUGAAUUAAACAGAGAUUCGCCGAUGGUUAGAGGGCUUAGUUCCCAAUCUAAAGGCCGAUUUCAAAUCUAGGCAUUGCGUUAAGUUUUCGGGAGGACUUUUUUUUCUUGUAAGGGAUGCUAGCAGAUAACUUGGUGUCACCUGGAAUGGACUAAUAGACCAGCAUUUAAGGCUUAGCAAGACUCCUAAUUCAACAUCGUGCUAUGGUAACUAGGGAUGAAAAAAUUCUCGACGCAGCUGCUCGUGGGCGAGUCACUUUCGUGAGCAUACUUUUUUAUGAAAAGUAGUUGCAAAGGAUUAUUCCGUAACCAAGAUGUAGAUAUUUUGAAUCAUUCGUUAUCCUCACAAUUCUCGCCAACUGUGUGUUCCUUGUAGUUGAAUGUGCACCAGAGGAAGCUGAGUGAGUGAACGAUGAUAUUCUUGUUACAAUUAUCUUUCAAAUAACUGUAGAAUUAUAAUGAUCUACUUCCGAGUUUCAUUUGUGCACUCAUCGACAUUUUGAAAAAUGCAUCUCACAAUUUAGGAGGCUUUAUGAAAACCCUGAUUUACAAUAAAACGGACAAAAAGAGCAAGUUCAUAUUCUCGUGAGCCAGUGCUCAAGGAAUAUUUUUUGUGAUUGGUAUUAUAAAUAAGGUCUAUGCCGACCAAUACUGGCCGAGGCCUCGUAGAUUUACUGCUGCAGCAUUUUUUCGAACUCAAGCAUUCCAGAUACAUCACUUCUUUGAACUUGUUCAACAUUUUGUUCUUGUUUCAGAUAUGUUUUCUGUGGUAUUUACACCUUGGAAAUGAUGCUAAAGAUAUUGUCACGUGGAUUCAUUUUUCACACUUAUGCAUAUCUCAGGGAUGCAUGGAACUGGCUAGAUUUUAUUGUGGUUGUCUUAGGGUGAGUUGCUCCAAAAAUAGCUUGAAUUCGCUUGGUAUGCAAUUAGAUUUAGGUGCCUCCAUAGUCUAAGAAACCUCUAGACAAGCACGAUGUUAAAUGACAGAGUUUUAGGAUUAGCCAUUUUAGUUUACCUAAAUAUCAUUUCCACCUUACGGAAGAAAUGUAAGCUUCGCUUUGAUUAUUUGAUGUCUUUAAUUUAUCUAUUGAUAUGUCUCAACAUAUCUGGACAUCGUUAUCUGGACUCGAAAAACCGUGGUAGUAAUCAAAAUACAAGCAAAUGUAACCACAUUUUUAACUUAUGAUUCGACAGGUACAUCACUGUGGCUCCCAACAUUGCCAAUUUAACAGGCAUCAGAACAGUUCGUGUUCUUAGAGCCCUUAGAACGUUCUCUGCCAUGAAAGGUACAUUAAGAUAUUAACCUUAAAAAAGAGACUGCAUUUAGUUUGUAAGAAAUUCCUUGGAUAAAGUACUAUUUAUGAGUGUUGUUUCAUAUUUUCCCCAAAUGAGCUCUGUUAUGUUGCUGUUCUUCCACUUAUCCUGAAAUGCACAGUGUACGCAGAAAUGUGUCUAACCGGUGCCAGGGACAUCAAUCCCUGAAGCUCUUUAGAAGAAAUAAUAAAAAUCACUUAGUUUUUCUGGAAGCUAAUGAACUUUAAAAUGAUUGUUUAAAUGAAGCAUUUAAGAUGACGGAAAAUUUAAAAUUUAUAAGAAUGAGUUCCUCGAAUAAGGCCAGUUUUCGCCAGGAAACAUUAUAGAGUGCCAGCUUUGGCUGUACCCUUCAUUGAGAUUUCUUUUCUUCUUUUUUAAUUUAUGUGACAGUUUUUGUUCGAUAAUUGGUGUUUAGUUACAUCACUAUCUAUUGAAAUGGUGUAUUUUAGCACAACUAUUGACCACUUUUGUGUCAUUACGCGUUCAUUUUAUUAGGUUUUCAUUUCCUUUUUCAGGUCUCCGAGCGAUGGUGAACACCUUACUCCGUUCUUUGAAGCUUUUGAGUGAUGUCUUAGUUUUGUUUUUGUUCUUUCUCGCUGUCAUGGCGCUAAUCGGUCUGCAACUAUUUUCUGGAGAGCUCAGGAACAAGUGCAUUCUUAACACACCAUUCAAUGGCUCCCUGAGCAUGCAGGAACGAGCCCUAAACCAAAGUAAGUAACAGAGUUUGAGGGAGUAAACGGCUCCAAACGUAUUUUUCUAUUCCCCACAAAUCUUGAAGCAAAGAAAGCCUGAUAUAUAUUUCUGACAGGUGACUCUUUGGAGAGGAAGCUAACCGAACAUUGAUAUACAUUUGAAGCUUUUGCUCGUGCUUCCUGGUCUCCAGAGUCAAUAGUAAGGACAAGAUAUAACUCUUGGAGAUAUAAUAGCUUCUCAUACCUUUUUACCUUUAACGGUUACGUUAUCACUCAUAUCUAUUCUUUACACCUACCUGUACCUUAUGGACACGUAAACUUUUGGGAGUUUGCUCUUUUAGGUCAUAACAAAGAAAUCAUAGGUCAUUCUAGUUAAUUCUCCACAGGAAAUUAACCUCCACGCUAAGGGGAAAUCAUAUCCUUAGCAACUGAACAAAGGUCUAACCACUGAACGCACCAAAGCAGUUUGUUGUCAUUUUCUUGUAAAGGAGUAUCGUGGACUAUAUUAUUUCCUGUCAUCUUUAUGGGAGCUUGCACAAAAAGCUUAUCUCAGUGUAAAGCAAGAAAUUAGAUCACUCUCGAUAAAGUGAAUUGGCAGUGCUUUGGAUUUAAUGAAGUAAGAGAGUAUCAGCUAAGAUACAGAACCCUUUUCCUGAUUUAUAUUCAUUUAGAAAAGGCAAUAUUUAAGCAAAACUUGAUAAUGAUUUUGAUGCAAGUGGUCUUUAAGAGUAAUUAGAUCUAAAUAAACGAACAAAUUCUUCCAGGCUUUUGGUUGAUUCAUGAAGGCGAGCCUUUGAUUUGUGGAAAUUCUUCAACUGCUGGGUAAAGUAUAUCUCAGUAUUUGAAACUAAUGAUGGAAAUAGCCGUCAUGUAUUUUUGGGUGUAUAUAUUUCAAUUUACCUUUUAUCAUUCGUACAUUAUUUCAAAAUACUGAUUACAGCACCUCUCUUAAUGGGACUUAACAUAAUUUUUUGUUUGUGUUACUGCAGAAGAGAGUCGCUGUCUAUCUGUGUUUUGCUUUUUUUCCCAACGUUCUAAGAUAAUUAGGCGUUGAAAAAUUGUGUAGCGAUUAACUAACUGCUAUUUAACUUUAGAUCAUGUCCAUCUAAUUACACGUGUAUGCCUCACGCUGGUCCAAACCCUGAUCAUGGUUACACGUCAUUUGAUAACAUUGGUUGGUCGUUGGUCAUGGCUUUACAGAUACUAACAAUGGACUUCUGGGAGAACGUAUAUGAUAAGGUACCCUAGGGUUUGUUUCGGGCACAAAAUUGAUCCAUCUUUCUCUCAAUUUCCAUCAUAAUCUCGUCUCGUGUCUUCUGGUGGACUUCACAGUGCUAAAUGUUUGAUAAGGGUAGAGCCGAUCAAAAGGAAAGCAAAAAACAUCAAAUAGAUCUGACAGGGAAUUGUAAUUAUUCGCUAAAAAGGCAAUACUUUUAUCUUAUAUUGCGAAAUGAUUGCGAGGCAGACUGCAAGUCAUUCCAACGGUACCGCUGGUCUAAGCCAAAACUGGAUCUUCCAAACUAUGAAAUUAGAAAAGUAAGGUUUUUCCAUGGUUAUUGAGAUUAGGACAAAACUAUUGAUUUUUUUAGAUUAUCUAUAAGUAUGUGAGCAAGGAAGGCACGUCAUCUACAAAUAAUUUUUCGUUUUUAGCUCACACUUGUCUGAUUGUACCUCCCUCUUUGUAUUACGCUUUUAAAUAAUACCCAAAAUAAAACAAUUUAUUUUUACGCGUCAGCAAGUUGUUUUAACCGAUUGAUCUUAAUUAAUGAACAUUUGAUUGACUUUUAUCUAUGCUUUGAAUCGACAAUGUGCUGUUGUGUUUAGAUCAUCAGGGCUUCAGGAGCACUUUAUGUGCCAUAUUUCAUGACUGGAAUAUUCUUCUGUUCGUUCUACCUGAUGAAUCUGGUUUUGGCUGUGGUAUAUUUGUCGUACGAACUGGAGCUGUGUUCGGAGGAGAAAGAGGUAACACUGCAGGUUGCUUUGUACCAACUGUGAAUUAAGUAGGAUCUCCAGAAUGGGAGAUUGGCGGGCUCUUCUCUGCUAAUCAAGCAGUAGGACGAAGUCGAUAUGAAGUCAGAUUUUUGUGAGUUUGUAAACGAUGAUAAACUAUCACUUGCUUUUUUCAUCCCCUUUUAUUGAAAACUCUUAAACAGAGAGAAAAAAGGACACAUCUGAGAAAAACCGGAGCUUCUUACGAAGCUGAUCAAGUAACGCUUCAGCGUCUAAGCCCCCUGGAUGGAAGCAAGCCUCCUCUCAUUAUAACUAACAACACCAAGGAAGGACGUACCGAUGAAACCCCUCUGCAAUCUUUGCCCAAAGAAGAUGAAAGAAAAAGCUCCACGUUACGCCAUUGCCUUAUUCCAGCUUGUGUGCAGCGAGAUGACUGGAGGGUUUCCAAAGUACAAUGUAAAGUUGUUGUUCGUACAAACUCCUUUUGGAAGAACUUACGCGAACGCAUGCGUGAUAUUACUACUCACUCUGCCUUUGAUGCAGUCAUUGUGGUGCUGAUACUCCUAAACACUAUAGUUCUGGCCCUGUAUCACCAUGGCAUCGAUCCAAAGUUUCGACAGGUCUUGGACUACGUGAACUUGGUGAGCAGACCAAGAAUACCGGGAUUCAAAUCUCCAUGAUUUUUUUAUAAUAUAGGAAAAUCUAUAAUCAUAAAGAUAUGUGAUAAUUAUGCAAACUCCACAAUACCUUGAUUGAUCCCGAUUUCUCCUUAGUGAGACUCAAUUUAUUUUAUCUUCGUUAAGAAACCAGAUGGACUAAUGGUUUGCUCAAUCAACCCCAGAUUGAAGGGCCUGUGUUAAAGUCUCGGAGGGGUCAAUGGUGUCAUGGUCUUGGGCUUAGCUCUUUAAAUUGACUCUCAUCACCCUGACUCUCUUCCACCCUGGUGUAUGAAUGGGUUUUGGAUAACAAAAAUAACCAGCUUUCGAUUUAGGCAUUCAGAGCCGCUUCAAGCAACAGAAAUCGGGAUAAGCUCUUGCAGGAAUGACUGACAGGCUCGAAGGACUUAAAUUCACCCUUUCAAAAAAUAUUUGGCAUCGCUGUAUUCCACGUUCUUUUGAGUUUGACGAUGAUGGUGACAAUGACGUCAAUAUCGCUUUGGGUUAGGUUAGGUUAUCGUUUUGGCUAAUCAAUGUAUUCCUCAAUCACACCUAGGUUUUCACCGCGUUGUUUGCAGUUGAGAUUGUUUUUCGUUUGAUCGCCAUGGGACCCAUGGGUUUUAUCCGCAGCAGGUGGAACGUCUUCGAUACUACUGUCGUCACAGGUAGUUUAUUGGGGUACUUCUACAAAUCUGCUGAGGGGCUUAGCAUAUUUCGAACACUGAGACUGGUGAGUAAUCAUGUUCAAACUUGAAUUAGCUGAGGAAACAAACUAUGUGUUUCUUCAUUAUUCAAGUCCUAUCAGCAACAUUUCGUUCAUACGUGAUUCAGCAGUAAAAAGAACUCAAAGGCGAUCAACACAGUGGGUCUUUUCCAGCAAUCAUUGCGAGCAAUGAAACAUCGAUGCUUCUUUAAGACCCUUGUAAAAUGUCGUAGCCUUAGGCCAAUGAAUGGUUAUUUGUCUGCCGUAAGCAGAUUGAACAACCAAUUUAAGUAAUCAUAAGUGAACCCUUUUUAGAAUAAGCUGAUUUUCUGACAGAACCUCACUGAUUACAACCAGGGUUGUAGUUUUUGACAGUCGAUAUGCCUUGACUGCACCACGGUGUAAGCUAUAUUUACCUAAGGACGAAAACGUCUUCAUCCACUAGGUUCGAGUGCUUUGUUUAGCUAAGUCAUGGAAGACAAUGGAAAGGCUCAUGAAAGCCAUCGCCAGGAGCGUAGGACCAGUUGGAAACAUUACACUGAUACUCAGCGUUGUAAUCUACAUCUUUGCCGUACUGGGAAUAAAGGUGUUUGGUAAAGCUUAUACGGUGGAGAAGUUUGGCGAAGACGGAAUACCUCGCUGGAAUUUCAACGACUUUUGGCACGCAUUUAUGAUGGUGUUCAGAGUGCUGUGUGGGGAGUGGAUUGAGCCCCUGUGGGACUGCAUGAGGGCCACCAGUGCAGGACAGGCGACACUAUUCUUUCUUACUGUUCUUGUUGUGGGAAAUUUCAUAGUAAGCAAUAGUUUUUCCAUUUUUUUUGCCUUUUUUAAAAAAGAAAUGUCUCGAUCCCGACAUUUUUUAACAUUCUUAAAUUUUAUUUUGACUGCAGUCUGAUCGGACGACGGUGAUGGUUACAUGCUAAAAGAUGCUUUUGCAGUAUAAAACUUUGCAAGGAGAAAAAUACCAAAUCCUUCUUUUUUUUACAACUCAUCACUGACUGAAUGAUUGACUGACAGACUGCCUAACUGACUGCUUGGCUAUCCGACCAAUUACCUGACCAAAUGAUUGGAAACUGGAUAGAUGGUUGACAUACAAUGGAUGACUCAGCAGACUAUCCCAUAUUUCCUUAUGGUAGCUAGAGUUUUCAAAUUGAUCUUUCACAGCCUUUGAUUUUUCUUAUUUUCAGGUGCUUAACUUAUUCGUAGCUCUCUUGGUGAAUGCGUUUGACUUCAGAGAGACCGAUAAUGAGCCAAAUGACGAUACAGAGACUGCAGAUGGUCCGUCAAAAUGCUCUUUGGGGAUAAGGAAAGCCUUCCAAACAAGAAAAUCUCGAUUGUUUGUAGCAAAGUACCGGGAACCGUUUCGCCUCUACGAACUGCAGGUUCUGGAAAGUAGCCGCUUUUCCAGCAAAGAUACCGCGGGCCGCUUAGCAAUAUGCGAAACCGCGGAUCACCGUGAAGAAUCAAUGGCUGAGGAUGUCACUUUUAAAGGUAAGCCUUUUACGACUUAUAGUACACUUUUUGCCGGACUGAGGUUUUCCUUGUUAUGAGUAAUUAAUGUAAAUAUAUGCUUCUAGAAAUUUCCAGACUGCUGAGUCAUACUAACUUGCAUACCAUAGAACUUUCCAGAACAUUUCAUCAAGUCACGUAUUUAUAAUGUAAUACUACUAAAAUAGUUCUUAUGUAAGCUUCUGGAAUGUUCCAGAACACUUUAUGGAUAUAUAUAAAGACUCUCUUGUGUAGUAGGAGUAGUUGUUGUUGUUGUCGGAGCGACGACUGUUUUGCAGGAUCUCUAAUCCACCUUCCUUGAAAAUGGAUUUUAAUCAAACACUUCUCUUUCAUAGACCGCAAAAUUGAUGAAGAAGAUGCGAAUACCAUCAUGGUGAGAUCUGAGUCUGAACCCGUACACAAAGCAAACUUGCCAACCUCACAAUUUCAGCAACAUUCAACAGAGAACAAGGAAACUUUACCUGAGGCCAACAAUGGUCUUUCAGCCAACCGCCCCACGCGGUACAUGAUGGAAAUUGAUGACUGUCUGCCGGAAUAUUGCAUGGAGUGUCCACUGUGGAAACCAUUCUCCUCGCGACAUUUCUGCUGGCUUAAGUUCCGUUGCAGGGUGCGGGUUCUCGUGGAAAAGAAAUACUUCGAGUGGUUUAUUCUUGUUACAGUAUUCCUCAGCAGCUUUGCAUUGGUAUGGCAGACUUUACGAUUUAUAUGUCGCCAUAUCUUUAAAUUAAAGUCCUAUGAAGUGGAUGUUUAGUAACUAAUACCUUCUACAGUCAUUUCAAAUGCGCUGUCUUUUCCUAACUAGCGUUAAACGCUAAGAAUCCAACACUAUCUCUUAUCAUGCUCAGAAUCAAAACGUGUUACGUUUAUAUGUUUCAAGGAGGUUUUUGGCUGAGCUCCCAUUGUCUUGGUGCUGUGAAAGACUGUGUUUCCAGAAAGUAGAAUAGUUAUGAAGGUUGAGUUUGUGCCUUUCAAUGUUAUUCAGAUUUUUGAAGACGUUCAUCUUCACAAGAAGCCGAAGCUUGCAAAGACUUUGGAAAUAUGCAACUAUAUUUUCGCAGCCAUCUUCACUAUGGAGUUCAUUCUGAAAGCCAUUGGUUUUGGACUCAUCAAGUACUUUUCUUCCGCUUGGAACUGUCUGGACGCUUUUAUUGUUUCCGUGAGUAUAUCAAGUUGCCUGACAUGUUCAAUAGGCCAUUUCAGAGUUAAUACGAGAGAUCUGGUGCCAAAAAUAUAGCACGAGAACGCACCGAGCCUCCUUCAAGUGCUUUAAUUUAACCAUCAGACCUUCUACAUAUGAGAACUCAGAAGUGAGCUAUUCCAUUUCUCUGCGAUGUUAAAAGAAUAGUAGCCAAACUAAUUUAGUCAGAGUAAAAUUUGAUAGCAGAAAUGACCGUGGGAAAGCAUAUUUUGGAUUCCCGAUUGAAUUUGGUCAGUUAAUGCUAAUUUAUUUUUGAGCUCGGUAUUGCUCUUGAUAUUUGAUUUAAAAACUUCGAACAACACCUUACUCUUUUUUAUCCCAGCGUUAAAACUUUGUAUAAAGGCCUCUUUUCGAACAGCAAGAGAAUAGAUAGUUUUCCACAGCUAAGAAUUUUUAAGUAAUUAAUCACUUGUCUGUGAACCCAAGCUGCAUAGAAUGACAAUUCUUUUCCUCUAUACAGAUCUCUCUCGCCUGUGUUUUCGAAAACAAGAACCUGUCUGUAUUUCGUUCACUACGUACAUUACGAGCUUUGAGGCCACUAAGAGCAAUCUCACGACUGGAAGGAAUGAGGGUAAUACGUUAACUGCGAGUUAGCCUUGAAGCAGCUGAGGGCAUAUAUGGUUCUAUAUGUACUUCCUCCCCUUAAACAAACAAAACUCGUGUCUCCAAUUUUUUAGGGAUUAGUCAUUAUUUAUCGCCUGGGUAAGUGGGAUGGGGAAGACAUGGUUUUUCAGGGGAAAUGGUGUGGGGAUCAGUUGUCGUCAACAGAGUAUGAAGGAGGGACUAUAGCAAACUGAUUACCAAAUUAACUGCCAGUGAGGGGGGUUAUAAGAAUAUAACAGAACCUUUGGGGGGAUCAGGUAAAUUCUAUCGUGAAAUAACCCCUCUGGCGAUAAAUAACGACCAGUCCUUUAAAUCCUCUGUUUUUACGAGAAGUCUUUCUCGAUCCACAACUUUCGCUAUAACUGGGGCUACGAUGAUGUGGCAAGUACACCAUGCGCUUUGAUCUCACAGUGCCGCUAAAACGCAAGAGAAUACUGACAUAGAUAUGAGAAACUGCUAGACCAACAUGAUGAAACUUAGGAGGACGUAACUGUGGCUAAUGUCCCAUUUAGGAAGAAAAGCACUCAGCAUGGAAUCUUCAGAAAACAACAUCACAGAAGCACAUGAAGUUUUGCACACCAUAGUGACGUUCUUAUAAAAUGAUUGCUUCCAUUUUCCUUCUCAGGUUGUGGUAAACGCGCUGUUCGCAGCUAUUCCAGGUAUUGGCAAUGUACUGCUGGUCUCUCUUCUUUUCUGGUUAAUAUUCAGCAUUCUUGGUGUUCAUCUUUUCGCUGGAAAGUUUUAUAAGUGUGUGGACGCAGACAAAGAGCCUUUAUCCGCCUUCGUCAUCCCUAACAAAGAAGAAUGUCUCAAGCACCCGGGAGAAUUUCGCUGGGUGAAUUCUAAAGUGACAUUUGAUAACGUUUUUGCAGGAUUCCUCGCACUUAUGCAAGUGGUAAGAUGAUAUCAUCCAAGGCACCUUAAAGCUUUCUAUCGGAUUGGUAAAGUAGAUUGCUCAUUACCUCACAAUGUUUUGUUUAGCUAUAGUCCCAAAGUUAAUACAAUAUUUUCAUUGUGGAAAAGGUUGGGAGUGUCAACAUACCAAAUUAGAAAAUGCGAAUGGAUGAAAGACGUUUUACAGCCCAAACUGAGACUUUGAACUACAUUAUUCUGUUUUCAGGCGACCUUUGAAGGAUGGAUGGAAGUUAUGAAAGACGCCGUCGACUCCACUGAGGUUUGUAUUUACAUUUAAUUUGGUUACAUGAGCAUUAUUGACAACUCUAAGUUGUAAAUGAUGUAUGCAAGAAAAAGCACAAUUAAAUCGAGUGUGGGAUCCAACUGCUGGAGAGCACACCUGCUCUGCGCAGGUAACAGAGCGCCUGAAAUUCAAUAACAUUCGAGUUAAAUCAGAAUUAUAUUCUCAUAUCAUUACGAAAACAAGAAUUCUCUAUCAAUAUGAUCAGACAAACAUCACUUCGCCAUUGCAUGGCGGAGCAGAGACGAUGCUGUGUGGGGAGCAAUGGUGUAUUCCCCUGUUGCCCGGGAUCAAUUUCCGGAAGUGUUAUUUGUAUUAGUCUUUACGGCUAGGGUUUUCUCUUAGGCUCUUCCUCUCACCAAUAAUACCAGCGCCACGAAUUAAAUUUGGAAUCGGAGACAAUAAGUGGACAAGUGACCGAUAGGAGGAUAAUCUUGUUCUGUCCUGUUCUAAAUCAUUGCAUAGUGAUUACAAAAAAUAUAGCAUUAAAUUCACAUGGUAAUCACAUUACGUUUACAAAUUGUUCAAAUUACCUCCUAAAAGUAACCAUUAGCCUGAGUAACUCAUCAGUGAAUUUGCUUUUUUCCCGUCUGUAGGUGGAUUUGCAACCUAUGUAUGAAAAUAACUUAGUGGCUUACAGCUUCUUCGUGGCCUUCAUAGUCGUUGGUUCCUUUUUCGUACUGAAUCUUUUCGUCGGAGUCAUCAUCGACAACUUCAACACGUUAAAAAAGAAGGUACACCAUCGCAUGAUAACGGAUAUUUCUACCAGCAGUUAUCUCGUUCCAACUGAUUCUGGUGUCAACCAAAAUGGGGACAACAAAGUACUUCCUAAGAUUUUCGCUAAGCAUUUCAAUGAUAUCAGGUUUCCCCUUUCUCCUUGCAGGGAUGUUCUGAUUAGCAAUGCUAGGAUUUAAGUUGAACUGAAAUCUGAAUGAGUCCCUAUAUGGAUUAGAGACAAUUCAUCCCUCUAAGCAGUUCUUCCGUUCAUACAUACAACCAGAAGGGUUAGAGUGAUAUAGUACCAAAACAUCCACCAAUGAAAAAAAUCACCGGAAGGAGUUUAAUAGGCGACUCCCCUAAUUAUAUGUUCCAAUAAAAAAAAUGAUAAUCGACGUGUUCUCCUUAUACCUAUCGUCCUAACUGGACGAAGAAAUUCGUUAUCCUUAAAGAUGGUUAUUUUCCAAAGUGAUUGAAGUCAGAUUAUUAUCCCGCUAACUACUGGGUUUUUUUACGUCGACGUUUUUACCGUAGUACGAAGAACUCAAUAGCAUGGGGAUGCUACUUACAGAUACGCAGAGAAAAUGGGUCUCUUUCCUGAAGGAAGCCGCCAAGAAAAAGCCACCGACAAGACAGAUUCGCCCGAAGGUUAGAUCUCAAGGGGUCGCAACAGAUAUAUGUAAACGCUAGGUCUCGUUCUUGUCAAGGUGAACGUGUUGGUGGUUCACAUUUUGUAUAAGUGCCAAAAAAAUUCAACGGAAGAAACAUUACUUGAACGGGAUUUCUCUUCAACCUUAGCAUUCCCUUGACAAGCGUCUAUAACCAAUUAGCGCCGACAAAGUUAGUCGUUGACGAUGACAGGUUCUUGUGUACGAAGUAAUAUAUCAAACACGAGGAAGAGUGUUUCAUCCGAUAUCCAAACACCGAGAAGUGGUUGAGAAAACGAGGUGCAGCCGAGUUUUUUUUAACCAACUUCAAGGUGUUUGGAUAUCGGAUGAAACACCCUUUCGAAUGUUUGAUAUAGCUUCUCAAACCAUUAAUAAUUCUUGGAGAAAAUCAAAGCAAAAGUUCACCAGACUUUAUGAUAAUUAAGAUCACAUAUCCAAACCUCCUUCACGGUUGUAACUUCCUUUGUUUUCUCAGCAUGAAUUAUUAAUGAGUUUGAGAAUACAUGUGCAAAACUGGCAUUUUCGCUUUUGGGCUUACUUGCGAUCAGGCGUUCUUUUUUUCGGUGAAAAAGCUAAACUCGGAAGUGUGGAAACUAACUAGUGGAAAAAAGAACGCAUGAUCGCAACUUUGCUCCCAGAAAAUACAGCUUUACAAGGAAAACGUAUCAUAAUUUUCAAUGAAAGGGACGCACUGUCGAGGGGAAGUUGCCAAGGAAAAAACUUACUUUCGUAAAUACUUUCAUGAAUACUACUCUCAUCCACAUUAUCCAUGCACCCCGAAACGUUUUGGAAAUGAACUUUUCCGGAUUUCUAUUGCAGGAUAAAUUAUUUGGCUUGUUAUACGAUGUGGUCACUGGUGACAAGUUCGAAAUUGCAAUUCUAACUGUGAUCAUGUGCAAUAUGGUAAUGAUGACGAUUCAACACUAUGGCCAGUCUACCGAGAUCACCGGCGUAUUACAUAUCCUUUCAGAGUCCAAAUUAAGGCAGAGUUUUACAUAGUUCUGUUGGUUUAUCCAAAUGCCCACUUUUCUGUAAUUAUGGUAGGUGGAAACUUCUUCCAUUGAGUUAUUUCACACCCAAGCGCCUCUAGCCGUUCUUCUCAGAGUGGCAUUAAAAACCUCUGGCCACUCCACUUCAAAGGACUGAAAACGGGAGGAAAGGGAGAGCGUUUACCAUCAAUAAUUAGAACUACAUUUCACGAAGAAGAAAAAAUGCGUGAGGUCAGGACAUUCCAUAUUCAUUUGCUUGAUAAAGAUUUUUUUCAACUGAUCUUAUCUCCCUAAAAUGAUUAUCAUGCCCUAUAGGGUUACCCUGAAACAACAAUUUCCUUAACUGAAAGGUCCACGCGUGUCUAAUUAUGUAUUCACGGGGAUAUUUGUUCUGGAAGCCCUCGUCAAAAUUGUGACAUUAAGACUGCACUACUUCAAGAAACCAUGGAAUGUGUUCGACUUCAUCAUUGUUAUCAGCUCCCUUGUUGGUAAGCAGCGACACAAUUAUUACACAAGUGCAUAAAACAAAUAGGCUUCCUUAUCAUUUACUCCAUGCAGCCCAGUCUGCACUUUCAUCGACAUUUUACCCUUAACGUCCCCUUAUGGGGGCAGUAGGCGAUUAGGGAAGUAGAGGCAGAGAAAUUCGCACGGCCAAGUGUAUAUGCACUGUUUUGCGAGGAGAAUGAAGACAAAGGUGGUGGUAAGCUAAAAUGUCUUUCGACUGGGUCGAGGCGGGCCGAACAGUAAAAUAUUUGGUUCUCGGUCAUGACGAAAAGAUCUCCAGACUAAUGUUUCCCGUCUAGCCCAUGUCAGUAGACAUGCAUGUACAAUUUGAUCAUCAUUCAAAGAUUUCUGAAGUAAAUUUGGGCAAGACUCUUUUAUUUCUAAUGUAUGUGGAAAUCAGGGCUGCCUUAGGAUUAGCCUCACUACCAGGUUUACGAAUCUUGCAGCAUGCUCUUACGAUCUUAUGCAGGCAGAUCUUGAUAGAGAGAGUCUGGCUUGCAGAAAUAGGAACUUUUUGAGACGUUCGUCGAAAUCAAAGCCUGCCAAAAAAGUUUUCGAGUGGUGCAACAAUUUCCGUUCCAAGCCUUUUAAGGCUUGUAGUUCAAAGAUGAAAAGAUGAAAAAUGGCCAUCAUAAAGAUACAACUAGAAAACUUGCAACUGCUGACCGAUUGUGAGCACGAAGGCCCGUGGCUCGAUUGAGAUUUUUUCUUUGUCCUAGGCCCAUGAAAAUUUUUUCUGCGUCCCUAAAUUAUCUUAGCCUUUUUUCAUAAACUAGGUAGCAGCUGUCUUAUUUUGUUCCACAGACGUAAUUCUCGACGAGUUCAGUGCGAGCGAUGGCACUGUCAGCCCCAGUCUUUUGCGUGUUCUCAGAAUCUUUAGAAUUGCCAGGUUGCUAAGACUAGUAGAGUUUGCUAAGGGAAUACGUCAGCUCCUGUGGGCUCUGAUGAUUUCGUUACCAGCCCUUUUCAACAUCGGAACACUGCUGUUCAUGGUGAUCUUUAUUUAUGCCAUCAUCGGUAUGUCAGCAUUUGGAAAUGUCAAACGAGAAGGCGAGCUCAACGAUGUCGUCAACUUUGAAACGUUUGGUACUUCGCUGUUGCUGCUGUUUCGUCUGGCAACGGGAUCGGGAUGGAACGACAUUAUGGACGCUUUGCUUCUAAAACCUCCAGAUUGUGACCCUAACUACAUGGGACUUCCUCACGGAAACUGCGGUUCUUUCGGCGCUAUCAUCUAUUUGGCCAGUUACGUCAUUGUGGUGUUCUUGGUCAUUGUUAACAUGUACAUCGCCAUCAUCCUCGAGAAUGUAAACCGCGCUCACGAGAUCGAAGACUUCUGCAUCACCAAAGAGAAUUUUGACAGUUACUACACCACAUGGGGUACGUUUGUUCCAGACGGGAAGCCUUACCUACCUUUGGAUCGUCUUUCGGAGUUCGUGGAUUCUCUUGAAAAACCGUUCAAGAUACCUCAGCCUAACGCAGGUGCAUUGAGGCUUCUGGAUAUUCCAGUGCGCGCUGGUGAACUUAUUCAUUGCUUCGACCUGCUCAAGGCACUAGUCCGACGUGUCUUGGAAGAGCAUGGUGAGUCGCCUGAAGUUUUCAAGGACAUAACUGUGAGAAUGGAGGCUAGCUUCAAUAAAUCUUUUAUAACACACAAGAGAAUCUCUUCGUUUAGUGGCUCAACUAAGACCAAGCUGAGCCUAGACUUAAACGAAACAGUUACUUAA